AUGGAAAACCAAAUUGAAGUAGAAAAUCAACAACACAAACCUUCACAACCAUCUUCACAAUCUUGUUCUCCAACUCAUGAAUUCUCCUUCUCGAUCUCACAUAACACAUUCAACGAAUCAUUCCUAAAUAGCAACAAUAAAUCAAAAUCAUCUUCACCAAAUUCCUUUACAGCCCUUGAUUUAUCACCAGCUGAUGUUAUUUUCUUCAAUGGUCAUUUACUUCCUCUCCAAAUCCUCUCAAACUUCCCUUCUUCGAUAUCGCCUCGCGCUUCGACGAAUUCAAUGGACAGUUUCACACUCCCUAUAAGAGAAUUAUUCUCAGAAGAAGAAGAUGAUGAAAAUUUCGCCACAAAGGAGAGCAAAAUCAAGAAUAUGGAACCAUCAAAAAAGGUAGAGGGAAAUUUAACACCUAGAAAUAAACAAGAGUUGAUGAAAAGUUGGAAAUUAGGACAAUAUUCAUCAGCACCGGCAUCGAUGAGAACUUCUCCAUCAAAUAGUGGUGUUCUGUUUCCAACUACACCUUUAACUCCUGUUAGUGAUAGCUCCAUGGAAGAAUUGCAGAAUGCUAUUCAAGCUGCAAUUGCUCAUUGUAAAAACUCAUAUUCAAAAGAUGAGAUACUCAAUUGCUGA